UUUUCUUCCUGCAGGACAAGCACACAACUUAUGAAAAACCUUUCUCUCUACGUUCAUUUCCCCCAAACUUCCACCUACCUUAUUUUGAUGCAUUGUGAAAAAUGGACCCAAUAAUUCCUCAAAAGAGUCAUUUGUGCCUAACGUCGAAGAGAGAACUGUUCUCCGCUUGUCCCACUUUGCCAUCCCUCAAGGCCAUACUUGCCAACAAAGACUGGAAAGGAAGGAAGUUUUCCCUGUGGUUUUGCUGUGUGACGAAAUGACGGGGCAGAUUGAUCAAUGGGGAAAACCCCACGUGAGAACACGCCUUCUCUGUACAUUCCCAAUGUUUACUAUAAGUAGAGCCAUCCCAAGCCCAGGCUGCUAUCAGAGCAUAACAGCGCUCUCAAGGUACUGAGUACCCAGCAUUGAGCAGGUCUAUUCUUUGAGCUGAAAAUGAUGUGUGGCAGCAAGAGUUUGCUCCUGGCUGCUUUGAUGUCAGUACUGCUGCUCCACCUCUGCAGCAAGUCAGAAGCAGCAAGCAGCUUUGACUGCUGCCUCCGAUAUACAGCACAUGUCCUUCAUCCCAAAUUUAUCGUGGGCUUCACCCAGCAGCUGGCCAAUGAAGCUUGUGACAUCAAUGCAAUCAUCUUCUACACAAAGAAAAAAUUAGCUGUGUGUGCAGAUCCAAAGAAGAAAUGGGUGAAACAAGCUGUGCAUAUCCUCAGCCAAAGAGUCAAGAAGAUGUAAAAACUGAUUCUCUCUGGAAUGGAAUUGGAUACAGUCCAAGAGUGAAAAGAACCUGGCUGGAGUUGCUGGUUUCACUUGCACAUCGUUCAUGGUUUAGCACUUAUCUGACUCGUGCCUCAUUGGACUUGUCCAGUUAAUGAAGUUGAUUCAUAUUGCAUCAUAGUUUGCUUUGUUAAGCAUCAUGUUAGAGUCAAACUCUAUUUUAUGUUAAGUUAUUUAUAUAUGUGCAUUUUUUGUGUUUCGCUAUUUAAUGCUAAUUUCCCAUAAGCUACUUGGUUUAGUCUGAGCUAUAAAAUCAUGUUUGGAGGAAAGAGAUCAUAUGGACUUUCUUCUAAGCAGGAAGUUAUUUUUAAAAAACUGUUUAACACUCUUCUGUUUACUUACUUUUGUUUCCUAAAGGUUUUGUUGUAAUUACUUUGUAAAAGAGAAAAGUGAUGAUGAGAAGAAUAAAUAUUAAAAAUA